CAGCCAUGGCGAGCAGCUCGCAGACGCCGCCCGAGCAGCCGCUGCAGGUGAAAGUGGUGGGGCUCUUCAAAAGCUCCAGCUUUCAAAUUGCGAAGAGCGCCGCUGAGAGUCUGAAGAGUAAUUAUCCAUCCAAAUUUGAAGACCCUAUAAUAGUUCCUGUUCAAGAAUUUGCAUGGGAUCAAUAUCUACAGGAGAAAAAAAGGGAACUUAAGAAUGAAAUCUGGGAAUAUUCUUCCUAUGUGAUGUGUUUUAUUAACGAUCAGCUCCUGGGUGAUGCACUUGAUCUUCAGAAAUGGGCCCACAAAGUGUGGGAUAUAGUUGAUUUUAAGCCUCCUGCACUUUAUGAAGCACUUACUAUGGAUUAUUCUGCCAAAUUCUUAAGAGACACGAAGCAUAAUUUUGUGUUCUUGGACAUUUCUAUUGAUUUUUAUCCAAUUGGAAGAUUGAUUUUUGAGCUAUAUUGUGAUACAUGUCCCAAAACAUGUAAAAAUUUUCAGAUCCUGUGCACAGGAAAAGCAGGGUUUUCCCAAAGUGGCAUCAGGCUACAUUACACAGGUUCCAUUUUUCAUCGAGUGGUACGGAAUGGUUGGAUACAAGGAGGAGAUAUAGUUGCUGGAAGAGGAGAUGGUGGAGAGUCAAUUUAUGGACCAACAUUUGAAGAUGAAAACUUCUCAAUUCCUCAUAAUAAAAGGGGAGUUCUUGGAAUGGUCAACAAAGGCCGUCACAGCAAUGGGUCACAAUUCUACAUCACACUACAAGCAGCUCCCUAUCUAGACAGAAAAUAUGUGGCUUUUGGGCAAUUGAUUGAAGGAACAGAUGUUCUUCAUCAACUAGAAUUGGUUCCAACAGAGAAUGAAAGACCAAUACAACAAUGUGUAAUUAUUGACAGUGGAGAGCUUUAUGCCUAACCUUCGUAUCAGUAUUUUCUGACAAUUUUUUAUUGUACAUCUGAUCAGCUGUUUCUAGAUUUAAUUAAACAGUGCUUGUUAAAAUUUGA